CCACCAUGCGCUGAUGCUCCGCCACAUGCUCUCAUCACUGUUGGCAACACAAGCCCCGUAUCAGCAGAGCAGAGUCAGACACCAGCCGACCGUCACGAUGGAUGGGCCUCAUAAAGACCGCAGAAUGACUCACUUGUGGAUAUUAACGUUACUGAUUAUUGUUUAACGUUUAGCACUGGAUAGAUAACUCGGUCUUUUUGAUUGUUUUUCUCUUCUGGAUACGGAUUGUGGAGCUGGAUCUUAUAUGGGCUUUGGAAGAAGGAUUAUAUUUAUUCUGAUCAAUUUCUUUUAACUUUUUUGCUCCUUUUGUUUGGAAUAGAAACGUUUUGUGGGAGGGUGAACUGAUUUCUGGGAUACGAACAUAAAACUCUAAAGGAUGGCCGAUUGGUUCACCUCUAUCAUCGCAAUAGUUAUGAUGUUAUUUACUCAGGUUUUGGGAUCAAGCGUGUUCGAGAUAGAUCUUCACCACUUUCAGAAUACAAAGGCUUUGCUGGCAAACGGACGCAGCUGCAGGUCGGAGGGCUGCAGGACUUAUUUCAGAGUUUGUCUGAAGAACUUCCAGAUGGAGGUGUCUCCUGGAAGGUGCAUAUUCGGCACAGCGAGCACACCUGUCCUGGGCAGCGACUCCUUCAGCAUCAAGCCGGACGCGACCGUGCGGCUGCCGCUCAACUUCACCUGGCCGGGUGCUUUCUCGUUGGUUAUUGAAGCUUGGUAUUCUCCUGCAGCGGAGCAGCCCGCAGAUUCCAGCAACCCUGAAUUAUUGAUUAGCUCCUUUGCUACCCAAAAUCAGUUGGGAAUUGGGCCCGAGUGGUCCCAGGAUGUGCAGACAGGGAUGGGGACGCAGACAGAGCUAAGGUACUCAUACCGAAUCGUCUGCAAAGAAAAUUACUACGGGGACACCUGCUCCAAAAUAUGCGCUCCAAGAGACGACCAUUUCGGCCACUACACCUGCACACCUGAUGGGCAAAUAGACUGUCUGCCAGGAUGGAAGGGAGAGUACUGCCAAAAACCCAUCUGUCUUGAAGGCUGCAAUGAAAGCAAUGGGACCUGCCAAAUACCAGGAGAGUGCAUAUGCAAAACGGGCUGGCAGGGACUCUUUUGUGAUGUGUGUAAACCCUAUCCAUCCUGUAAACACGGUACCUGCGAAGAGCCGAACCAGUGCACCUGCAAAGAGGGCUGGGGAGGCAUCCUUUGUGACCAAGACCUAAACUACUGCACCAAUCACAGACCCUGUGCCAACGGAGCCACGUGUAUGAACACAGGCGAGGGUCACUACACCUGCUCCUGCCUGCCAGGCUUUGCUGGGGAGAACUGUGACUUAGAGGUCAGGGAGUGUGACAGCAAGCCCUGCCACAACGGAGGUCGCUGCGUGGACUUAGAGACAGGCUACUCAUGCAUCUGCCCGAACGGGUUUGAAGGCCCACACUGUGAACACCGGAUACUGACUUGCGCAGACAGGCCUUGCUUCCAAGGUGGAAAUUGCAGGGAGAGGGACAAUGGACGAAGUUACAUAUGCGAGUGUCCAGCUGGAUACACUGGACUCAACUGUGAGAAGAAAGUGGAUAAAUGUACCUCGCUGCAAUGUGCCAACGGUGGACAUUGUGUGGUUCAGGGUAACCUCAGAGUGUGUAGCUGUCGCUCAGGUUUUUCAGGGCUGCGUUGUGAGAUCAACAUUGACGAAUGCUCCAGGAACCCAUGCGCUAACGGCUCUACCUGCGUAGACCGCAUCAAUGACUACACCUGCAUCUGUCCGCCGGAAUACAUGGGCCGCCGCUGUGACAGGCCUGUGAACCGCUGCUCCUCUCUGCGCUGCCUCAAUGGUGGGACCUGCACCUAUGUACCCACAGGCAAACCCACCUGCAUCUGCUCUGCUCCCUACAGUGGUUCCCAAUGUCAAAACAGUGACAAGCUCUCGGCAAACACAACCAGCCCCAACACCAGCUUGGAGCCCAGCGAAAAGCUGAACUUAGUCGCCGUCGGCUUGGGUGUUGGCCUGGUUACUGUUCUGGUGUUUAUCUGCAUGGCAGUGGUGGUAGUACGCAACAGAAAAAAACAAAAAGAUAAGGAGCUCGACUCUAAGACGAUGAACAACCUCUCCAGGUCGGACUUUCACAAGGAGAACCUUAUUUCUUCUGUUGAGCUUAAGAACACAAACAAGAAGAUCGGUCUGGAGGUGGAUUGUCCCACGGAAAAGUCUAACCAUAAUUACAUCAACAGCUAUCAGCUGGACUAUAAAUCCUCCAUGAGGUACAAGGAUGAACUGUCCCUCCUGUGCAAAGAUGAAAACUGUGAAAAGACAUUAGAAGACAGAAAACAUUUGAGUAGAAUGUACAGUGACUGUAGAAUAUCAACAAUAUGCUCCUCUAAAGAAUCAGUCUAUCAGUCUGUCUUUGUAAUAGGAGAAGAGAAACAAGAAUGCAUCAUUGCCACUGAGGUAUAAUAAUCAGAACGUGUUUCUCAUUGUGAAGAUUGGAUACCUUGCGGACUGUUUACACUUGCGAAGAGACUGGGAUUUAUUUAAAAUGCAAGUUGCUGCUGUUGAAAACUUGAUAACUGGAUGUGCUCGCUGAUUAUAACUGAACUAAAGCUAAUAAUCCUUUGAGAAUGUACAGACUGAAGCGAGCAAAUCGAGGCUCAUGGAUCCACCUUUUACUGUUGCAACUCAAACCCUCGUCUGCUUCGUCCAGCUUAACCCCUGGGCAAAAAGGAGUCACUUUUUCUGUGCUGAUUAGGACAGGAAGACUGAUCACACAAAUCAGCUGUAGCACAAGUCAGGCUUAUUUUUAUUCUUUGUGACCUGCACUGUACUAUGCAAACAAAAGAAGGACACAGAAAACUACUGAAAACGGUUCAUUUGUGAGGGAUAUAUUUGGGAUUUCUGUAAAACAAAUCUGUUUUUAUGAAGAAUGUAUGACCACAAAAGCCUUAAAUGUGUGUGUAUGUAAGAAAACCAUUUUUGCCCUGCCUUAUCUUAAUUUCUUUGCACAGCAUCUUGGAGGUAACCAUAAAUAAUCAAAAGAUGCAAAUUAACACUAAAACACCAUACAGGGAAACUCAUGACUGGGCCUUGACUGUUUUAUGCAAGCUCACCCCAAUAAAGACAAAGACACGUGACAUGACUAUCAUACCAAGGACGCCUUCAGUGGAAAUUACUGAACCAAUAAUGUUAUUUUGUAAAGUUACUAUUUCAGUAGUAAUUUUAUUAUAUGAAGCACUGAUCCUUUUAUGUUUUAUAAGAUUGUUUUGUAUAUAAUGUAUAUUUAUAUGUCGAGAUUAGAUGCGUUUUAAGUUGAUGCCACAAAAAUGGCAAAUUUGUUUUUUUAUUGUUUUGUUGUUUUAUUUUAUUAUUAUUAUAUAUUUUUUAUUUUGCUAUAAAAAAAGACAUGCAGAACACAUAUCUGGUACACUGUUUGUUUGUCGGUUGUCAGUGAGUUUUCUUGUGGUCGAAGUAGAGAUUUCAAAUUAAAACAUCCAUAAGCUCCGUCUGUGUCAGCUGAUCUAAAAGUCGGCUCAAAGAUGCUUUAAUAUUUGCCCUGGUAGCUUUUAUCAUACUGUGUCCAUGGUGACGUCUGUCUCAGUUUGAUGUGAAAACAAUGUGCAAGCAUUCAUUCAGUGGACAGGAUUGUAAAUGAAAAUAUGCAAAUGAAUAUACUUAAACAGUGUGUAUGUGAAAAUAAAGAGGCCUUAUGGUCUUAAUGCUUUACUGCUUAA